GAUAGAUUCAUCUUGCUACUGAAAGUUUAGCGACCACUGCCUAAGAGAGAAGUAGUUAGAUACUCUAUGUUGAUCUGAAUAGAUCCUUAUGCUUUGACGCGCCAAGGAUCUGGUUGGCUGGUCUUGCUUCCUUUGGAGGCGCUAGCAUGCAGUUCUGCCGUCUGUCCAUGAGGUGGAGCAGCUGAGCCAUGGAUGACUUCACUGCUAAUGACUUCACCACCAGAACAUAUGGCACCAGUGGCCUUGACAACAGACCUCUCUUUGGAGAAACCUCUGCACGGGACAGAGCCAUUAACCUUCUGGUUGGAGGACUGACAUCCCUGCUAGUUGUGGUAACAGUGAUCAGUUCAUUCCUGUUUCCAUCGUUGCCUCCCUGGCCACUGAACAUAUUCUUUGCUUUCUGUAUCCUGAUGACUUGCGGUUCAGUCAUGGUGCUGAUCGCCUGGUACCGGCAGGGGGACUUGGACCCAAAGUUCAGGAAGUUGAUCUACUACAUGCUGGCUUCCAUCAUACUGCUGUGUCUAUGUGCCAACCUUUACUUCCACCGUGUGGACAGUGGGACGUGACACUAGGCAUGUCUGACCCACUCUUACCCUGGCCAAAGCUAGACUGGAGGAACCAGGUGGAGUAGUGGGACCAGACAGCAGUAGCCUGGUAGUCGAGGAUCUUAACCUGCUGAAUGGAACCUCAAGGAGAUCUGUAGACCGUCCUCUGCCUGGUACAGACACAUGCACUGUCCUGCAGGGAGAUCUGUAGACCAUCCUCUGCCUGGUACAGACACAUGCACUGUCCUGCAGGGAGAUCUGUAGACCGUCCUCUGCCUGGUACAGACACAUGCACUCUCCUGCAGGGAAAUCUGUAGACCGUCCUCUGCCUGGUACAGACACAUGCACUAUCCUGGAGGGAAAUCUGUAGACCGUCCUCUGCCUGGUACAGACACAUGCACUAUCCUGGAGGGAGAUCUGUAGACUGUCCUCUGCCUGGUACAGACACAUGCACUAUCCUGGAGGGAGAUCUGUAGACUGUCCUCUGCCUGGUACAGACACAUGCACUUACUUGCAGGGAGAGUGGUGGUUAUGAUGCAAAUAUAUGGAAAUAUAUGCCUCAACAGUGACAUGACAAAAAAACAUUUUGAGGGAAUUAAGUACUCUAAAGUUAAUAGAAGGCAUCCAACUAAUGUCGAAGUGGCGUUGUGCUGUCGUGAGCAUGUGUCUAGUUAUGUACUGAGAUUAUGGAGUGUUCAGAGUUCUGUUUUCUUUUUCCCUGCAACAUGUAGACUUUAAGGUUGUUUCUUCAGUGAAAAAUCAUGUCAACUGAUUUAGUGGCCACCCUGAAACUGACUACAGUACUUCCCCCACGUGCAAUGUGGACGGCUGUAUUGUUCCAGUAAGCAGAAAGGAAGGACACUUCAAUCCUGAGGAGACUAUCACUGACCCCCAUGUUGUUACCACCAAUAUCAUUAAAUACUGUCAAUGUCAUUUGUCCUGCUGGAUGCUAUCCUACUUGAAGUAUUAAUGCAGGUGUUGUCGGUCAAAAUCUAGUUCCAUAACAUGGUAAUACAGCUGCAUUACUAACAGCCAUGUGCACCUCCAGUAGACAGGCUAACAGCCAUGUGCACCUCCUGUAGACAGGCUAACAGCCAUGUGCACCUCCAGUAGACAGGCUAACAACCAAGUACACCUCCAGUAGACAGGCUAACAGCCAUGUGCACCUCCAGUAGACAGGCUAACAGCCAUGUGCACCUCCAGUAGACAGGCUAACAACCAAGUACACCUCCAGUAGACAUGCUAACAGCCAUGUGCACCUCCAGUAGACAUGCUAACAGCCAUGUGCACCUCCAGUAGACAUGCUAACAGCCAUGUGCACCUCCAGUAGACAUGCUAACAGCCAUGUGCACCUCCAGUAGACAUGCUAACAGCCAUGUGCACCUCCAGUAGACAUGCUAACAGCCAUGUGCACCUCCAGUAGACAUGCUAACAGCCAUGUGCACCUCCUAUAGACAGGUUAACAACCAAGUGCACCUCCUAUAGACAGGUUAACAACCAAGUGCACAGAUUUACAGACAACUGCAGCCCCAAUAAACAUAUACUAACAGCGUUUCCCACUUGGUCCUAAUGGAGUUGAGCUCAAUUAGAGAAAAACAAAUUACUAAUUCAUUUUGUAAAUUGAAUUGGCCUCAUAUCACAAACUAUAUCAUUUGAAUUUAAGUGGAAGUGGAAUUUAUUUGCUGCAAUUCAAAUAAAUUCCUCUCUGUCACAGAUAAUGAACAUUUCAUUGAAUGACAGGUGACACUUCCAGAUACAUAAAUAUCGCUUUAACAAGGAAACUGUUAACUUACUAAUUUAAUCAUAGGGCUUAGAGAUUUUACUAUAUUACCAAGAUACAGUUGUAAUUUAUUAGCCUUUUUUUAAGGCUCUCAUUUUGAGGGUUAAAGCUAUGCAUUCUGGGAAAUGUAGUAUUUGCCCCCCAAAUUAAACACCAACUUUUAUAACAUUUACAACUUUGUUUUAUUUGCUCAUUCAUUUUGAGUUGAUCCUGGAAAACAAUUGUUAACAGUGUUUGUAUAUAACAAAAUAUUUAAUGGACAAUAUGUUAAUGUGUAUACUACACAGGUGGAGAGUGUCAUUGACUUUAACUGAAUGGAUUCUAUUUCCUCAUUCAAAUUCUAAUUGCAGUACUAAAUCCUGUUUACGAUUGGAUUUUCAAUUGAAGAAAUCUGUGAAUUAAUAAGGCAUUCUCAAUUAAAGAAGUGAUCCCAGUCCUGUGUCAUGGUCCCAUCAGCACUACACUGUUAAUUAAGAAAAAAUCCCAAAGGUUUGGGAGUUAACGAUUAUCCCAGACACUGAGUUAACAAUUUGUUAUAGAAUGCAGUGACAUUGGAAUGCAUGUGGACUCUUAUGUAGUUUUAUGCAAAACACAGGCUAGCCACAAGAGACCAAACAUCUGGAACAUUCCACAAAAAAUACAACCUUUUCCAGAUUAGUGACUCUCCCCACCAAAAAUAAUUACUGUUUCUAUUUCAUCAAUCAACGGCUCUGCACAAAUAUGACCUGACGAUUGUUCAGACCAUGUGUUGCUUUUUUAAUAUUUUAUGUAAUAAACAACUAUAUCCUGUCUUUUGUCAUA